AUGGGGGUUCACGUCGACGACGGCGGCCCAGGGAGACCCCUGAAUUUGCUUACCAGAGCUCGCCAUCUCGAUGAGCUGGGACUGGAUAAGGAGGAGCUCCUAGACGUGGACCAGCCGCCCUCCGACACAGACGCUUUUCUCGAGCUUCUGCCGCCGCCCUCUGAGUUCAGAGCGGGCGACUUGAUCGAACUUCGGGAAGAUGGUGGCAACAUGACGCUCUUGGCCAUCUGUCUUGGAAAUAUUCACGGGGUCUAUCACUUCUACACAGCCACUGGAAGGUGGAUUCCGAUCCCGAACAUCAGUACGCGCUUCGUGGUCAGGAACUUCGUUAGCCAGGAAAUCCUCCAGCCCGUCAUCGAUAAGCUGCCAAAUGAUGCUCUGCCCUGGGAGACGAUCAAGGCAAUGAAAGACCUCAAGAUGGGUCCGGACCGCAAAUCUGGUGGUCCCCUGCUGCGCAAGAUGCACAAGUUUCAACAGGAGACGGAAGAUGUUCUGCAAAGAUUCGCCACGCGCUUCGAAAGCGCCCAUGAGAUUUUGGCCAGUGGUUCGGACAGGUAUCUCACUUUGCAUGAGAUCGCAACUCGUUUGAUCCUCCACGGAAAAAGUGGGCGGGGGGAAAGGCGUAUUCCCUGGCAUAAAUUGUUUGCUGUCUACCGCACUAUCUCGAGCAACGACGUUGGAUUCCGUCUGGUUGGUGCCUUGGGUCCCACCAGCAAUACGGUGUACGAAGUCACACCGCCUGAAGAUGUCACUCUGAUAAACAACAUGCAGACGCUGAUCAGGCUUUUCACUGACCUUCCCGGAAAAUUCGGAACGUCCCUGUCGGCUCUGAAACCAUCACAAUUGAAUCAAAGUCAGCUAGGUCGCUUCAUUCUGAAGGCCAGGGAGGCUAUUGACCAGAGCCGGCGGCACCGUGAAUGGACACCCCAUGGGGCUCUUGGUCCUGAGAAGAAGCCUCGGCCGGCCCCUAGCACAAAAUGGACCGACGUCGACUUGAGCAUCUUGCACUUCAUGAAUUUGUGGGUUGGCUAUGAUCAAUUCUCUUUGACCUCGAGCUUUCAUUGGAUAGGCUCCACAAUUCUCAGAGCUCUUGGGAAGUAUAAAGACAGCGAAUACCUAUCUACCAGCACCGGAUGGACGUUUUUGCAAGAGGUUGGAUAUGUGAGUCCAUGGGAGAUCCACGCACGCUAUACCCAACGCGUUCCAGGAGUACCAGUAUCUCGGGAAAGAGGCUUCGAGCGGAUGCAGCUGGGGCGAGAUGGCGUCUCAACUUAUUUGACUGCGGACCCUUUUGUGGGCAAGCGCAAGGAGUGGACUGAUCACCGGAUUUUUGCUAUUGACUCCAAAAGCACAGUCGAUAUCGACGAUGCCGUGUCAAUCGAGAAGACCGACAAACCAGAGGAACAUUGGAUCCACAUUCACGUAGCAGACCCUGCUUCCCGGAUUCGGCGCGAAUCUCCCCUCGGAGAACGCGCUCAAUUGUUGCCGCUGAAUUUGUACCUUUCAGGACACCAGUCCAACAUCUGGGGCGUGCGAAAUGAGGUUCAGGAGCUGUUCUCUCUUGGUCCUAACAAACCUUGUCUUACCUUCAGCGGCAGGGUGAACAAUGACGGGGAGCUCCUGGAGUAUACUAUUACCCCUGGCAAGCUGAAUGACUUCAUUUACAUGACUCCCGACCAGGUAAACCAGGCCGUUGGCUUUAAAGAUUCCAGACGGCCGCCGUCAUGGUCUACCACGAAAAGCUUUAAGGUGGGCGGUUCGCCUCCCGAGAAACCUGAGAAUAGGAAGAUGGUCACUGCCUCUGAGCUUCGAGAAGAUGACUUAGAUUCACUCAAGACGCUUCAUCGGCUCGCAGGCGCCAUUGGAAAAAGGCGUCUGGCCAAGGGUUCCGUACCAGUUUUUCCACUUCGCGCCGACGCCAAGGCCUCAUUCGACGGGACAUUGAUCCAUGAGGUACCUCCAGGACUCAUGACCUGCAAUGGCGAUCCAUCCAUCAGCAUUUCUUGGGGACUUGGAGGCGAGGCCCCUUUGGUGACCAAUACUAUGGUGCUAGCGGGCGAGAUCGCCGCGCGGUGGUGUGCAGAUCGCAAAAUACACAUCCCCUACAUCAAGCAAUCCAAGGCCGAGAAGAAUUCGGAGCUUCUCAAGGCCUACACGGACAAAGUCUACUAUCCACUCCUGCUUAGCGGACAACAGCCCAGUCCAGAGCAGUUCAGGCAGUUUCGCGACCUCGUCGGCCCGGACGAGAUGUCCACGCAGCCUGGCUCAUCCUUCAUCAUGGGGCUGGAUGCCUACGCCAAGGUAACAUCCCCGUUGCGGCGAUAUUCGGACCUCCUGGCGCACUGGCAGAUCGAGCACGCGCUCCUGCAGGAGAUGGAGACGGGCAAGGUGGCGGUGGACAAGCUGCCGUUCAGCGAGAAGGAGCUCGAAAGGGACGUGUUCCCCUGGCUGCUGCUCCGGCAGCGCAUCAUCAGGCGCCUGGGAAACGUGGAGGGGAGCCAUGCGUACAUGCACCAGGCCCUCUUCCGGGCGUGGAAGUACCCCUCCAAGAACGACUCGAGACUGCCGGAAACCUUCCGGUUUACCGUGAAGCAUUCCGGGCUCGGACACAACAUGAGCUUCAGCGGCUGGCUGGACUGGUUCGGGCUGGACGCGUACAUGGUCCAGGAUGGGUUGGGGAAUAUAGGGGUGAAGGUUGCUGACAUCAAGAGGGACGAAGUGUUCGAGGUCAAGCUGAAGGACAUCAACGUGCACUUGGGCCAGGUAUUCGUCCAGGCGGUGCGCAGAAUCAGCACGCAGGAGCGCAGCGAGGUUACACCGUCCUCGACGCAGGGCUGA